UGUCGUUUUGUUGUUUAUAUUGUUUAUGAACGGUAUAUUCUGAAAUAAACAGUGUUACUUCAGUACACGGAACGUAAACAAUCGAUUUUUCACAUUUAUAGUUAUUUUAUUACCAAAAUAAUUAUGCAGAAGUAUGAGAAGCUCGAGAAAAUUGGUGAAGGAACCUACGGGACCGUUUUUAAAGCCAAAAAUAAAGAAAGUCAUGAGAUAGUGGCUCUGAAGCGGGUGAGGUUAGACGACGACGAUGAAGGUGUACCAUCUUCCGCUUUACGUGAAAUAUGUCUCCUUAAAGAACUUAAACACAAGAACAUCGUGCGGCUGUACGAUGUCCUGCACAGUGAAAAGAAACUGACACUAGUGUUCGAACAUUGUGACCAGGACUUGAAGAAGUACUUCGACAGUUUAAAUGGAGAAAUAGAUCUGGAUGUGGUGAAAUCCUUUAUGUAUCAAUUGUUGAGGGGACUCGCGUUCUGUCAUAGUCAUAACGUACUUCAUCGCGACCUUAAGCCACAAAAUUUGUUGAUAAAUAAAAAUGGGGAGUUAAAGUUGGCUGACUUUGGUUUAGCGAGAGCCUUUGGUAUACCAGUGAAGUGCUAUUCGGCGGAGGUGGUGACGCUGUGGUACCGGCCGCCGGACGUGUUGUUCGGUGCCAAGCUGUACACCACCAGUAUAGAUAUGUGGUCAGCAGGGUGUAUAUUUGCUGAACUAGCCAACUCAGGCCGCCCUCUCUUCCCUGGAUCUGAUGUUGAUGACCAACUGAAGAGGAUUUUUAAACUAUUGGGCACACCAAAUGAGGACACAUGGCCUGGUGUGACUCAGCUGCCUGACUACAAGCCUCUGCCCAUCUACCAGCCUAGUCUUGGCUUAGCCCAGGUGGUGCCCCGGCUGUCGGCCCGAGGCCGGGACCUAUUGGCUCGCCUUCUCACCUGCAACCCAGCCCUCCGCAUGCCUGCUGACGAUGCCAUGGCACAUGCCUACUUCCACGACCUCAAUCCAUCAGUAAAAAAUGACAGAUGUUAACAAUCAAUACACCCAUACAAAUGUACCUCAGAACUAUUAUAUUGUGCUAAACAAAGCAAUGAAGAGGUACAGGAGUAUUAUGAGGAAGAAGACUCUUAAAUAUGGUUUGACAUAUGGACAUACAGUGUGUAUGAUUAAUAGAAUUUAGAAACAGUUGUACCAGUUAAGUGUUGGUGUUUCUUACUUUGACUAUUUUAAUAAUUGGAAGCUUUUUACCUGUGUUGUUUAUUUAUUUAAUUAAAUAUUUUAUUACAUUGUCUUAGCCUAACAUGACUGUCUUAACUAUUAGUUUUAAUACUAAUCUGCUCAAGAUACUGGUGAUCUCACAUGCAUGUUAAAGUGAUUAAAAUGAUUUACAAUUUGUUAUGUUAAAUUAUGAAAUAAUACAUGUGUAUUUAUAUUAUAGGAAAUAAGACUGUAAAAUCAAUUGCUAAUAUAAAAUGUAAAAUUCGGGUUAAUUAUAAGAGUAAGAAAAACUUUUGAUAAUUAGCAAUAAAUAUUGUGACUUUCA